AUGGCACCAUCACACACCCCUACGGGUGCCAGACGUACCGGUCCGUCACCCAGCCAAGAGAACAAAUCCCAUAGCGCGAAGACCGGCGCGGGAGUGGCGCCCCACAAGACACGCUUCAUGAACCAGCCCGCCAAACGGGACGAACAACGACGAGAGUCCAAGAGAUUUGUUACAAUUCCUCCUCUUGAAAAACUCGAGUUUGUCUACGGACAUCCGAACGGUGCACCCACUUCUCCCACAGCGGGUCCGAGAGGCCCUCAGGGUCCUGCGAACCCAGCAAAUGACACUGCUGCGGCGGGCACUGGCAAAGACACGAGUGUCGCGAUAAAAAAGGAGGAUGGGGAUGGUAUUGCUGCGGCGAGCACUGGCAAAGAAACAAGUGCCUACAUAAAGAAGGAGGAGGGGGUUGGAGAGGGUGAGGAUGGUAUUGCUGGGGAGCCUGCGGAGGGUAAGGGUGCCGGACAGGUACCUACACCACCCAUGACGCCCAAGACUCCCACGACGCCUAAGACUCCCAAGCGCCGGAAAGGCCUGCAGAUGAAGACCGCGGCGAUGCCGCCUGAGGAUUCGCCCGAGAAGGCGAGGAAGGUGGUGUCGAAUGUGAAACUGCAGAGGAUUCUGGGGAGGAAGUGGAAGAAGAGGUGA